CUUGUCGCCCCCUCUUUUCACUUCUCCUCAUCGUCCUCCUCUCUCUCCCUGCCGCCGCCGCCGCCACUGCGGCCUCCUCCCCUAAAUUUUUUUUCCUUCUCGAUCGCCUGCCUCCCUAGCAUCGGAUUAUAGUUCUUUUCCUCUUCGAUCGCUCUGCGUCGACGUCUUGGAGACCGUCGAUUCUCUCGCUCGCUCGCUCGCUGCCCUCGCUUUGGGAGACAUCUCGGUUCCCGGUCGGUUGGUCGCUCGCUCGAUAGGGCGUUUUUGAGAAAUUAGGGUUUUGGGUGAUUCUUGAAGAUGCCGAGAAAUUCACGACACAGGUCGCACCGGUCGCGUAAGCGCUCGAGGGGCUGUUCCGACUCCGAGGAGGAGGAGAGCCUGCGGGAGAGGAGGACCAGGGAGGAGGAGACUACGGGAGGCAGGGUUUCUAGGGAUCUGAUGCCGGAGAAACAGAGAUCCUCGCAUGAGCAUGUUGGGAAAGAGAUGGUGAGCAGUAGCAAUGGCGAUGUCUCCAGUGAGAAGAAGCGGAAAACAAGAGGGGAUGAGGAGGUGGUGGUUGCUGAUCGGUGGAAUGGUGGCAUGGAAAACGACGGGAAAAAGUUAAAAAGUGAGGAUUUUGGUCCCAUGGAGCCAGAUAAAAGUUCAAAAGCAAAGACUAAUGAUACCAAGAAUAGGUCAAGCAGACGAGAUGAUGGUUCUAAUGAAAGGAAUGAGGAUCGUGGGGGAAGGAAUGACUCCAUGAAGGGAAAGUCUGAGAAAGAUUCAAACCAGAGAGAACGAAGUUAUCACUACAAGGAUGGAAAGGAGAGGGUCAAUAAUAAGGACAGGGAGGUUCAAGAUUCCAGGCACGAGAAAUCUGAAGACCAGUACAACAGGAAAAAUGGUGCUAAAACUCUCUCAAACAAUGAAGAAUAUUGCCUGAAGAAAAAUGCAAAAAUCAAUGCUACAGAAAGUCAAGUUCAGGAUUUGCUGGCUGGUGCUGAGACAGAGAAAGGGUCUCAGAAACACACAAGAAGGGAUGACAAUGAAGACAAGGACAAACGAUUGGAGGAUAGUAGGGACGCUGAUGGUAGAAGACUAUCUUCACGAGAUCAUAGCAGAAGCCGAAGCCAUAAAGAUGAAAGGCAUGAAAACACCAAGUACAAAGGUAAAUACAAGAAUGAAAAUGAUAGAGAUCAAAAUCACCAUGAUGACAAGAACCAAGAUGAGCGACUAUCUAAAGAUCGCUCGAGUGAUAAAUCUGACAGAUUCCAUCUCAGAGAUGAAAACAAAUCUUUGGAUGGUUAUAGGAAAAUUAAACUUCAGGACACUAAUCAGGAUGAUACUUAUGUUGAUGCUCGUGACACCAAACUGAAAGAUAGGAGGAGACGGUAUUCCAAUGAUGAUCCUGGUGACUCAAAGCUGAGAGGUACAAAACUACAACAGGAAGCUGAGAAAAAUGCAUCAAGUGCCAGUAGGACUACUUACAACGAUAAACCUAGAUCAGUAUAUCGAACAGAGAAGAGUGAAUCAAGUCCAAAGAAUAAACAAUUUAAAGGCUUUGCCAGCUCCAUCAAUCAUACUGGUAAUGAUAUUAACAGGAACAUGAGGUAUGAAGACUCGGGUCAUAGAGUAUUGUCACCUGAAGAAAGACGUCCCAACACAAUUGCUAAAGGAGAUUCUAUGACUUCUUCAGGAUUUCGUGACAGAAACACUGUACCACGAUCUGGGAAACUAACUACGAAGGAUGACAUCCAUUCAGGUGAACUAUUGGUAGAAACUGUUGCUUCUUCAAAGUAUGAUAGGGCUUCAAGAUCAGAUGAUUGUAGCUCGCCGAAUCAGUCAAAGGGAAGAUCUUCAACUAAAAGUAGUCAUCGAAUUUAUGAAAGAUCGCCAUCUAAAUAUGAACGAGCUUAUCGACAAAGCCUUGACACUGAAAUUAUACAAAGGAAUGCUAGCUAUAAUGAGGGAGACAGAGGAGUGUACGAUUCAGAAAAGCCAAUUCCAGAUGAUAUGUCCCAGGCUAUUGGUAGUGCUAGGGAAACAACACCUCUUGGGUCAUCAUCUAUCUACAGAAGUAGUAAUAUUUCAGACCGUUCACCUAAUCACCUACGCCCUCCAUCAUCUUCAAGGGUCGGGAUUGACAGCCCUUCUGUCUUGGGUCCAUAUCAAGAGGAUAAUAAAGCUCAUAGUAAUGACCGCAGAUCUUAUGGUCGUUACAAACGCACAAGUGAACUUGGAUUUGAAAGGGGACAUGGAAAUGCCCGGAAAGGUGCUCCUAAUUGGUCUGCCCCAGCAACAAAUGUUUUUAUGCCUUUACAACAUGGACCACCUCCUGGAUUUCAUCCAGCAAUGUCCCACUUUCCACCUCCACCCUUGUUUGGAGUUAGACCUAUGGAUUUGGCACAUGGCGGUGUUUCGUAUCACAUGCAUGAGAUGGCCGAGAGAUUUUCUGGUCAUGGACGGCCAUUUGGUUGGCAUAAUUCUGUUGAACAAUUAUGCCAUCCUCAGAUGCAGAUGUGGGAUAGAACCAAUGGUAUAUUUGGUAAUGAAACCCAUAUAUAUGGGAGGCAAGAAUGGGAUGAGAAUGGACAACUAAUGGGCAGUAGAGGUUGGGAAAUGGGUUCUGAAAUGUGGAAGGAUCACAAUGUCAACGAUAUGGAUUCAGCAUUGAGGAAAGAACAGUCUUCAACACAAUCUUUGACAGAUGAACUAGUCCAAUCAAAGUGUUUGCCAACUGAAAGCAUUGGUGGAAAGCAAUCAAGUGACACAACCACUUCUAAGAAUGAUAUGGAGUCUCCCCACAAGGCUGUAACCAAGAAGACAUUCAAGUUCUCUCACAUGUUGGAGAAUAAAGUGAAUUAUGUUGCUAAUUACCUUUCCAGGAUUGAUAUCUCAUCUGAUCUUGCUGGUUUGGAGUUGUAUGAAAGAUGCACAUCCGAAGCGGGAGUAUUGAAUACUAAAAAUAUCUGCAGUUUGACUAAUUCUGGAUGCUUUCAGAUGAAGAAAGAUGACAAGAUAGAAAAAAUGGACACACGCUCUAUUUUGAAAUCAUUCUAUGCCACUGCCAAAGAUGAUGUAUUCAAGAAAGCUAUGUCCCUUUAUCGUAAACAAACCACAAGAUAUGUGAAACCCGUGGCCACAGAAACGGUUUGUUCUGAAGAAACCAAAAUAUCGGUUUCAGCAGCUUCAGAAAAUGAGGUAGUCCAGGAUGGCUGUCACUCGGCUUCCCUGGAGAAGCCACGUCCUUUUCCUGAUGAUCCUGCUGAAGACGACCUGCAGGUAGAGAAUGAUCUGGAAAGUGACCAUGUUGUAUCUGAUGUGGUUUCUUGUGCUGUUGCUCAUGAUGCAGUAGAGAGUAUCGCAAAUUUAACUCGAAUACCUAAUUCUGAUGAAAAUACACAUUGAACAAUUAUAAUUCUGUUUGCUAAA